AAGCGGAAAUGCGAGGAAAUUUCCAAGAAGUCUGCCUCGAACGUGUUUCGUCUGAUUCCUCAAGGUUCGUGGGUAAUAACAAAUGCUGAAAAUAAGGUUAAAGCGUAUCGUCGGUUAAAGAUGUCUUCUCCAGGACAAGGAAAAGGUAACAAGCGAAAAUCAAAGGGAAGGGGAGGUAGAGGAAGAGGAAGAGGGCGACAACAGCUGCCAUCGACAACACCAGGAAGAAGUGAAGACGCCGCGAAGCUUCCUGAUGAAAAGAGUGCGGAUGAAGGACAGUUAGCUGGGGCAAGCUGUAUAAGUUCUAAUUCAGCAACACCUGCUAGUUUUUCAGAUUCAAAAGCCCAGUCCGAGAAUAAAAGCGGGCGGGAGAGCCGGUCUAAGACAGAUUCCAGUUUUAAGGCUUCAUCAACGCCUACAGCUCCUGUAAAGACGAAAGAGACCACAAGUCCUGUAGAACAUCGUGAGACGCUGCAGAAAUCAAGCCGUCCUUCUCCUAAAACAAAUGAGCCGGGAAAAUCAAUGCAACAGCCAUGUUCAGUAAAAGCUAUUAAGGCAGGAAAGUCACCUUCAUCAUCUCCAUCGUCUUCAUCAUCUGCCAGUAGAGGUAAACUUAUUUUAAUAGACCUUGUCACGGUUUUCGACGCCAUCUUGACGAUCGAGUAGGCAAAACGGUGCGAAAUUACAGUGUUUGUAUGAGAAUCUAAUGUCGAAUAUUUUCCAUAAAACGGCUGUUCUGAAAAAAAUAUCAAUUGUAAACUAAAGCUUCAAAGCAAUUCUGGGGGCGUACCUGUACUUAAAUUUCUCCAGACGCUUGCUUUAGAUUUUCCAUAUAUUUGUCUGUAAUUUUCCCGGGACUUUCUUACAGACAAAUGUAUGGAAAAUUUUAAAAAGUGGCUCUAAGUCUUCUGGUGCAUGUAACGCCCCCAAAUUUUUUUCAGUAGAAUCCUUAGGAGUGAAGCUUUAGNCGUCUUCAUCAUCUGCCAGUAGAGGUAAACUUAUUUUAAUAGACCUUGUCACGGUUUUCGACGCCAUCUUGACGAUCGAGUAGGCAAAACGGUGCGAAAUUACAGUGUUUGUAUGAGAAUCUAAUGUCGAAUAUUUUCCAUAAAACGGCUGUUCUGAAAAAAAUAUCAAUUGUAAACUAAAGCUUCAAAGCAAUUCUGGGGGCGUACCUGUACUUAAAUUUCUCCAGACGCUUGCUUUAGAUUUUCCAUAUAUUUGUCUGUAAUUUUCCCGGGACUUUCUUACAGACAAAUGUAUGGAAAAUUUUAAAAAGUGGCUCUAAGUCUUCUGGUGCAUGUAACGCCCCCAAAUUUUUUUCAGUAGAAUCCUUAGGAGUGAAGCUUUAGUUUACAAAUCAUAUUUUUUUUCAGAAGAGUCGUUUUACGGAAAUUAUUUGACAUUAGAUUCUCACACAAACACUUUCUCACGCACUUGCCUACUCGUCAAGAUCGCAUCGAAAACCGUGACAAGGUCUGUUUUAAAGAAAAAAUACGGUAGCCCUAAUCCUAUCUCCUAGUGGGUAACACCUAACAAUGAUGGAUCGAUCUCAUUCAAGCACAUACACCGUCUAUUUAGCCGGUGUGACAGGAGCUAGUAUAAAGAAUUUAUUUAUCAUUAAAUACCUAACUGGCUUCUGGCACUGUUUUCCUUACCCUUUUUUUAUGGCUCAAAUAGAGCGUUUUCACAUGAUGUCAUGGUGGCCAUAUGGGUGUUCCAAAACAAUAAAACGGCGGCCAUAUUGAUGUUCCAAACCAGUCCUGUGGGAGUUGAACUCUUUUCUUAUGUAAACGCUUUCUUUUGUUCCCAUAAAUUUUCAUAGACGCCGUGGCCACAUGAGUGAAAAUGCUCUAUUGUGAAAUCUCUUUAUUCUUUUAAAUUCUUAACUAAGAGUCUAAAAGUUAGUAUCUCUUUUGAGUAGAGCAUCCCCUAUAUUUUUAUACAUACCAGUAAAUGCAGUAAUACCGGAAAGUAAUUGAAGUUCAUUGGUCUGAGAGCUGGCAUCACUCUGUAAGGCAAAAAAAUUAUUAUUUGAGAUUAUUUGACACUGCAUUAAUAUAAAUAUUGAGAUUUUUUUCUCUCUUUAGCGUGGAAACAAUGACAGGCUUUCGCAUAAAAGUAUAGUGCAAAGGCAUUUUUGACAGAAAUAUUCUUCCAGGGGGUACCCAACAAAGUUGGAAAAUUACAGAAAUUCCAGGGGGUGGGAGGCGGGUAUGACAAGUAUCCUGUGAAAUGAAAAUUCCAGCAGGGUGAGGGUCUAAAAAAAAAGUGCCCUCCAUGGGGGAGGAAAGGGGGGAGGUAUGGAUGUUUCUUGGAACUACACAAUAUAUCUUUUAUUGAUACAGUAGACCAGCCUUUGAAGAAGGCUCCGACCAUUGCAAGUGAUACUACUGCUGAUGAUGAAAGAGAUGUUAAAUUAACAACCAAGUUUGGUUCUAGUUUGACUUCUGAAGGUAAAAACUUGAAUUUUUAACUUGUCUUUGAAUGAAAUGUCAAUUAACUUGUGAACGUUACAAAUGUGCCUGUUUGAUAGAUUUCAGAAACUUUCUGUUACCAUUGGUAAAUCUGCAUUCUUUUCUACUCACCAUGACGACCAUGAGGUUACCACAAUUAAGUUGUGGAUUUUUUCUUCAGGGCCCAACCAAUACUGACUCAAUACCCGAUGACUUGAUAUAGCAGAAAAAGGAAGGUGCUGCCCCCCCGGGGGGAGGGGUACUCAACUAAUGUUUAUACGGGGAGGUUCAGCCUGAAGGUCAAACCCUUUACCCUUUUAAAUACCAUUUUUCACAAAAAAGGUACCCCUUCUGACUGUAUACUUUCUAUUGACAAAUGAUACCCUUUCACAUACCUUGUUUAGAACUUUGCAUCCCUUUUAACUGCUGUAAAUGCACUGUCUUGUAAAUAGGAAUCAAUCAUAAAAAUAGAACGUUUUUUCAAUGUUUAAAAGCCUUAAAAUUCAUCUGUUAGCCCUUUGGGCCCUUUCACAGACCCAAAUGACAGAUUUCCGUAUUCUUUUAUAUACUUCAGCUGGUGAAAUCCCUACCCUUUGUUAUACCUGAAGCCUGAAAAAGAUACCCCUUUUGGGUGGAGCCUCCCUGUAUAGGCCAUUAUAGGGAGUCCCCCCCCCCCAGGUGCUGCCCUUGCCUUUAUAACGAUUAGACCUCUGUAUGGCUCAGAUUACAAUGUAGAAUUGGGCAUAACACAGUGCCCUUAAUUUAGUUAAUUUCAUGCAAAAUAUUACAUUGACACUUGGAUAUAGUAGGUAAGUUUAAGUAUCACUGAUGUAUCAUUCUUACCUAUUUUAUCACAGCCCGCCAAACUCAAGUAGCUUACCAUCGUCCUAAAAGGCCUGACUAUGGCAUUGAAGGCCAACCUAUUGCAUUAAGAGCAAACUAUUACCCCAUUAAGAUCUCACCUGGGCUUUCUGAUCUGUAUCACUAUGAUGUGAACGUAACACCUAAUCUUAAAGAGAAAAGAGAAGUUGUCGAUGAGAUCAUUAGAAAGUACAAGGAUACAACAUUCCAAGGUCAUGUACCUGCUUUUGAUGGGAAGAAGAACUUGUACAGUAGAAUUAGACUUCCUGUGGGAAAUGGACAAGGAGUGGUAAGCAAAGUUUAUUACUCGAUACAUAUUGUUCAUCUAAAAGUAAAGUUCGUUUUUUUCAGUGAAUUAUGCCAGUUUGUCUCUCCUUUAAUCAGUUCAGUAAGGUUCAGUUCAGUUUAUUUAUUUAGCCAACUGAAUAAAAUACAUAUUAAUUAUCAGGGGCGUAGCCAGCUUUUCGACUAGUUGUAGGCCUGGCUGACUUUCAUUUCCACAUAUCCUGAAAAUUGCACGCAUGACCAGUACGCACUGACCUCACCAAAACUUUGAGCUCUUAAUAAGCUUUCUAAUUCUUUUUAGCUCACCCCAAGAACGCGUCUGAUUUAUUUACAAGCGGUAGAGUGAUCAAGCCAAAAAUUUGUAGGCCCGGGCCCACGCUGUCUAUGGGCUGGCUACGCUCAUGAUUAUUAACAGAAACUCAUGAGGGUCAGGGUUGAAACUUACAACUCUCAUAUGUUUGCUUUGUCCGACAGCUCGUGAACGACGUAUUGAAAUUUUACUCUAGGUAAUUCAUGGCUUACAUGCAACAGAGCCGAUGGUUACGAAAACGUCACCAAAGAUGAACUCGCGCUGCCUCAAACUUUAUCCGGCACUAGCAUAUUCGAUCUCUUUUUGUUCGUCAAAUGUUAGCAAAUGUUUCUGGAGUUGAAUUGUGAUGACUUUAUCGAGAUUCAGGAAAAGAAAAAGAAAGUAGUUGUCUUGUCGUUUCGCCCACCACACAACCGAAACGUGAAGUUAGGCAUUCUUACGUCGAAGUUGUGCCAUGACGGCAAAGAAAUGUACACGUACAAAAAGGCUUGCAAAUAUCUAUUUGUUGUACUCUGUUCAUAUUCUUCCUUUUCUUGUUUUUUCGAAUAUGAAGUCUGAACUCAGUGUCAAGUUAAGCGGUGAAGGUGGUGGUAAAGACAGACAUUUUAAGGUUGGUUCUUUACGGGCGUAACAUAUUGCUCUAUUCAAUUCCUCUUUGCGUCUUAUUUAUUUUGUAACUAAUAGACAGUAUGUGAAUAUGGUUUAUUAGAAAUCUUUAAAUCUCUCUUGAAUGAUCCUUAAUAUCUGUAAAACGGUGGUACCUACGAACUUGUUAGAUAUUUUUUCUCGUGUAGAUUCUUUCUAUUCCUGUAACAGAACUGCAUAAACUGAGAAAACAGAAGAGCCCCUCUUUUUCGCGCACUGGAUGUAAUAUUGGAGUUAACUUGAAUAUCCCCCUUCCGGUUUCUCUCUUCUCAUCUGCCUCCAGAAACGCCUGAUACUCAGGCUAUAUUGGAACAAAUAAGGGAAUCUUCAAAAUUGCAGUCUACUCCUUAAAGGCAUUCUCCUGGACUCUACUGUGACCUGUGACAUCCCCGAGAGAAACUGUACCCCUUCCUAGACAUCACGUGGAAAACGGGAGAAGAGAGAACACCUUACCGGACUAGGCUGCAAAAAUUGCAUUUAAGUCUAACAUUUCUACAGCUUUUAGAACACUAGAAAACUGUUGCUGUUGAUUUGUUAUUACAGAAAAUCCCAAGCCUUCAUCCGGUCGUUGCUAAGUAACUGUUUUUAAAAUUCCCCUUUUUAAUGCAGAAAAGUUAUGGCGGGGAUAGAGAAUUUUAGAGCUGCAUGAAUUUGUUCGUGAGCAUUUCCCCUUUUUUUUUAGUUAAUUUUGAAUCCCUUUGCAUGUACUUUUUUGUACUUCGCCCCCCUCCCUUAUAAUUUUUCUAAUGGUCCGUCCCUGAUGCUUAUUUCCUUCGUUCACGCAUCCUUUUGGCCUUUUUCUAUCUAAUUUAGUCUUAUUACUAGUCUUAUUUUAUCUCAUUUAAUUUUCGAACUUCCUUGUUGCUCAUUUAUCUUUUCAUUGGUGUAAACACUACCCGCCCAGAUCUGCAACUGCUGGCUGUUCAGUAGCUUUCGACUUUAAACUGCAGUGUCUCAAAAACUAUGAUAAAAAAAAGUUGUGUAAAUUGUCUGUUGGAUUUCUGGAGGGUUCACUGUUGAACUUAUUUACCAAAAACACUGUUUCUCUCGUUUCUUUCCCGCAAGGUGAAAGUCCAGUUUGCUGGGCAAGUGAGUUUAUAUGAGUUGAAAAAGUUCUUAGAUGGUGAGGGCAAUGGACAAGCCCCUCAAAAGGCUAUUCAAGCUUUAGACAUCAUAAUGCGUCAAGGGAUGCCGUCUCUUAAAUUCAUGCCAGUUGGGAGAUCUUUCUUUCCUAUAUUUGAUGGGUUUGCCCGUCCUUUGGGGGAAGGUUGUGAGGUACGGUUUGGUUUCUAUCAGUCUGUCAGGCAUUCAGAGUGGAAGGUACCACUAUUAAACAUUGAUGGUAGGUAGUUCUUGGCAAGUAACCGUAUUCAUUUUUAAACAGUACAGUAAAACCCCGCGAUUAGGAACCUGGAUUUUCCCAAGUUAGCCUUAAAAGGUUCUUAUUUAUAAUAUAACUAAGAUAAAACGCGCGUUCCGAUUGGUUAAAAACCUAUGGUUUAUUGUGCCGGUAAACUCACAGAAAACUCCGUUUUACUUAAAGUUCAUUCAGUAUAAAAGCAAUAGACCACACUUCCUAUGGGUUUACCGCCGUGAUACUCCACUUGGGAUGUUCGGAGAACACUCGAAAAGUAAAGAAGCUUUUCUUGUUCCCCAACAUCCCGCGUGGGUUUUCACGCCGGUAAACAUAGAAAGUGUGGUCUAUUGCUUAAAUAAAUGGCAGUUAGCACAAGUUAAUGCUAUUUAGGUUAUUUAAUAGGUUCUUAUUUUCCAAAGGAAAAAAAUAUAUUAUUGGAGAGUGAAUACCGUAUUUAUUCGAAUAAGCGCCGAAACUCGAAUUAGCGCCCACCUCGAAUAAGCGCCCAUCCUAAAGGCAGAAAACGUUAAUAGGCGCCCAGCCUCGAAUAAGCGCCCACCCCAACCCCUCCCCCCUCCCCUUCCCACUCAAACUCAGAUAAGCUGUAUCUGCUUCUGGGGCGGCUAACCCAUUUGCUGACGUUACGAUGUCGGACAUCGAGGAGGCAGCACCAGAGAAUUCAUUUAUUGACUUGAGUGACAACGAGACCGAGUUUGAAAUUGAAUAAGUACUAAUAAGAGACUUCCCCGAAGACGGAAUUUUUUUUCAGAGCAUUUUACAGAAAUCUUUUCUUUGUUACAUCUUUUCGCGUUUUGUUAUUACUACAAUAAUAGCAAUAACAAUAAUUUAUUACAUACUGCACUUGCUGAAAAUGGUGAAUAUUUAAUAAGCGCCCACCUCGAUUAAGCGCCCACUCUCAGGGUCCAAAAAUUUAAUAAGCGCCCAGGGCGGUUAAUCGAAUAAAUACGGUACUAAUAAUUCUUGCUGAUAUAAUUUGUAUACUGUAUUUAAUUUGUAAUUGUAUCAAUAACAGUUAUAAGGCACCUAUAUCUCCAAAGAGGAUUCUGAAUGUUGACUCUGUAUCUUAUUUGCCCAAGUGCACAGAAUUUUUUCACAGAUUUUAGAAAAUAAGAACCUCUUUCAAAUUUUAGACUUAACAGAUUCUCAUAUAGAGGGGGCUUAAUUGGCAAAUUUUAGCCAAUAAACAGGUUCUUAGAAUUCAAGUUCUUAUUGGUCGCGGGGUUUUACUGUACUCAACCUUUCCGACUCCCUCUACCCCUCCCCUUACUGGAGUCAUGAUGAGGUGGCCCAGUUUGAGGCAUCCUCGGAGACCCAGGGGCGGUUAGUCGGGUCGAUAAAAUGUUGGCGGUGAAAGUUUAUAGUAACUUUCACCACGAACAUUUUAUCGGCCCGACUAACCGCCCCUGUAUGGUGUACCAUCUCCGCCAAAAAGCAAACUUGUAACUCAACAUCCAACUUUACCGUUGUCAACAUCGGACUUUACAGUCAACAUAGAACUUUGUUGUUAUCAACAACGGACUUUACAGUUGUCAACAUCGAACUAUUGACUCAACAUCCGACAUUACAGUUAUCAACAGCGGACCAUUGGCUCAACAUCGGACUUUAGUUGACUAUUUGUAACUCAACAUCCAACUGCACAGUUGUCAACAUCGCACUAUUGACUCAACAUCCGACAUUACAGUUAUCAACAGCGGACUUUGUCACGUCAACAAAACAAAAUGUUCGACUUUGCCAAACGCCAUGUUCGUCUUCGUAAAGUUCGAUGUUGAGUUCUCUUCGUGCGUGCCAAAUCCGCCGAUAAUUAUGGGAUUGCCAGAAUGACGUCACUAUGGCAAAGCCUCGCUCUCGUGUGAAAAAAGAUGGCGGACUUGAGGAGUGUUAUUGACAUGUUGAAUGAUCUAGUCNCUUGACGAAUAAAAGCACACUGAGGCUGACGGAGCCGCUCUUAGUGAUUCUGUAUUCCUUCCACAAAAUGCUUUUUGUUAUUUAAUUUCGCCUUUUGUAAUAUGUUGCAUUUUUUUUUGCUUUCUACCGCUCAGGGCUUCGUGUUGAAACCAACCAUCUUCCCUACAAAAGAAAAUACACAGUGUGGGGCGUGACAAAGGAGUCAGCAGAUAAGCGACAGUUUGAAAUCGAUGACAAAGACAGUGGAAGGAAAUAUAAACUAACUGUGGCUGAGUAUUUUAAAGAAACUUACAAGAUGGAGCUAAGGUGCACAUUUGCUGUUUUUGUGUGAUUUAUAGAGACUUUAUAGAAUCACCUUUACUACAAACGUCAAUGUAGACCAAGUGAUUAAGAUUUUUCUUUUACUUGUCGUUUAAUGUUCAUAAGGCCAAGGCCAAGGCCAAAUGUCGAACUUUUUAUGAGACGAAUCGAAUUAUAAUUUGAGUAGACCUAAAUUAAGUUAAGUUCGUCUUUUGGGUCAGACGUCGAACUAAUAGUCGAACCAAUCAGACAACAAAUGGGACCAGGGGGUCUCAAAUACCGGAUUGUGAUUGCUUGAAUUUUCUCCCGAAAUUUAUUGGGUUUUCAGCUGCUUUAAACCGCCGCCCGGUUAGCUCAGUUGGAAGAGCGCCGGUCUGCUGAGCGGGAGGUCGUGCGUUCAAACCCCGGCCGGACCAUCAACCAAGGCCUUUAAAGACCUGGUGAGAUCAUGCUAGCUGUGACUAAAACCCCUUUCUCAGUUCAGAUGAUCGUGUCAUUGGGCGGUGGCGUUAAGCUGUUGGCCUUGUCUCCUUCAUCCUUGUACUCCAGUUAGAAGGGGACGUAAAAGAACCCGUGACAUUGUUCGAAAAGAAUAGGGGACGUAGGCCCCAAUGUCAUGGUCUAUCCGACUUAUGCCGUCAUCGGUCUGGUUGGGCGAGGUGUGAUCAAAGCAUGGACUGAAGUGGCUGCAAGAGUGCGCCUUUCCAUGCUGACAUCCGAUCUCACCUCUCUGGUUCCUCCGCAAUUUUACCACUGGCUACAAGUGAGGAAAAUUGGCAUCAUAUGUCUUUUUUAAUAUUUCAAUCGGUAUAUUAAAAAAUAAGGGCGACAUCAAUCAGGAGGGUCAAGAAACGUGCAACCACUUUCAGACAUCCCGGGAAAGUUCACAUAAUUUAAGCCAUACACGGUAAUAAAAUGCAAAGUUUAUUUUUCAAAUUCACAAUCUGCCGAACAUUUCUUUUCUAGGACGGGCAGAUUAUCGGCCGCUUUUUUGGGAAAUGAUCCUACGCUCCUCCGAGUGUGUGGCGGAAAUCGAGCUUGGAAAAAAAAAACAUUUAAAGCGUAUGCACGAAGUACAACGGCUGAUAUCGACAGGUUUACGAGAUAUUCAUAACUGGAUAACAGAUGAGCGCAUAGUUUUUUAAAGUGUUUACGUGCACGUGUGGCACAGAGACUGUGCACGGGAGAAUCCCGAAAGGUAUUGUGGGUGGUUUUGAGUUCACUGUUUGUUCAAAAAAAAUGAAAGAGUAGCACGAGCGACCAUGGACGUAUGUUUGUGACUGCUAAAAGAAGGCAGCAAAACUAUGUUCGACAUAUAUGUUUAACUAACGAACUGAGGGGAAAAAAGUGCCCAUGAAAUGGUAAAAGAUUUAACACGUGGUCAGGGAAAGCUUCCAAGUGUCUCUUCAAAGCCUGUUUUAACAAGCUUUUAAAACAAUAUCAUUAAAACACUUUAUUAUUCAUUCAAAAUAUUUCCCCAAUUCUGAUUGGCUAAACGGAGGCAUAAUUCACCAUAACCAGUUACUGAUGACCAAAUUUGGAAGAAUUUUGUGUUUAACGAGGAAAUGACGUCAAAAAUGCAGCCCGCUACUGGUUCACAGGUUAAGGCACCGUUACCGAGAAGACCUGGUGACGAGGUUGAGUUGUUUUGGUUGAGAAAGAACUACAGCUGGAACUAUUGGAGGUGAAAUAAUAGCUAAAAACAUGGCAAAAACAGAAAGAAGACAACUCGGAGGGCGACGUCUCCUAUUUGGAGAAUAUUUGCGGAGCUGGACAAACCUAAACGUACAUUAUCGAAAAUGAACUUAACAUCGAUGCAGGUAAGCAUGUUUUAGCUAGCUUCGGCCUCGGUGGAUAACACCCUUCUCGAUCUGCUUAAUUCUUCAUAUCCUACUCAGCCUCAUUCAUUAAUUGUAGCUUUCAAAACACACUUUUUUCAUAGCCAUUUGCUUUUUACAAAACAACGCGUUCCUCUUAGGUAAAUUUCCUGGCCUGGUUUCUGGAAAAAUUUAUAACUUUCAUUGUCUUGAGACACAGGCAAAGAAUUUUAAAACUUUUUUACUGGAUUUAACUCUUGGCCUCCGGAAACGGGGCGAAGUAUUAGAUGUCCUAAGAACAGUGGUUUAAGGGUAUAUCCCAAACAAGUUUAACUAUGAAAGAAUAGGUUUUUUAUUUUACUUAUCUAAAACGUCCUAAUUUAAAGUUAGGCACUUAUUGAAACGAAUACCUGCCAUUAAUACUUACCAUGCACUAUCAUAAUCAAUGGCCGUUGCUUUUAGAUACGCUCAUCUUCCUUGUUUGACAGCCGGACCAAAGAAAGACCGUUAUCUACCUAUGGAUGUGUGCACAGUUAUACCUUCCCCGAGAAAACAUUUAACUGAAGAGCAGACUUCAAACAUGAUUAGGAACACUGCGCGCCCUGCACCCGAACGGCAACAAAACAUUGACGAAUGGGUAGGCUUUUUUUGCCAAGUUUCUAUUGUCUUAUAGAAGCCCGUGCGGGUUUGAGAGGCAACAAAACUUGUCAAAUAUAAUAGGGCUGAAGAAUGCCAAGUGAGACUAGCACUAGUGCAUUGAAAAGGCUAGUUCCUUCCGCGUCCCCUCCAGUUUCCACUGACAUUUUGACACGAGAAACAGUUUUCAGGUAGUGGGCGAGGUAUAGGGCAGAUUGAGAUUUUUGUAUAUGUGCAUACAGGCUCUCCCGUUCUCCCCUCCCGCCGUUUUUCGCUCGUUCGUUAUUUCACUGCUCGCUUGCUUUUUUCGCUCGUCCGCACAGAGCGUGGCACAGGCUAGUGUAUCCCACGCAUAUAAUAGAGGUGAUAACUUUUUUUCGGUAUAAAUCUAUAAAACCAAAUGUUUUAUGAUUUCAAUUUGUUUCAUUUUUACUUUGUUAGGUUUAUGAAAGGGCUAAACUAAGUGAUGAAGGCAAAUUCAAAGGAAAGCGAAUAUUUUAAACUGAUUGAUGUUUACUGUAUGUCUCAUGUUUUUAGCAAAUUAAGACGAGGAUUUUCUUUUUGCAAACCCACACAGGCUACGAAGUACGCGGAAUUCAGCGCAGAGUACUUAGAGAAGGAGUUCGGAAUCUCUGUACACUCUGAAAUGGUCAAAGUGGAAGGCCGUGUGUUACCAGCACCUAAUCUUUCUCUUGGACCGCAAGAUGAAGUACUGACCCCUCAAAAGGGAGGAUGGGAUUUACGCGGCAAACAUUUGCACAGUGGAGCUCAGUUAAGUGUAUGGACCGUGGCGUGCUUUGCCUUGGAGCCUAAUCAGUACAGUGAUGGUUUGCUGAGGAAGUUUUUCAAGGCAUUGACCAACAUGUCGUGUCGGGAAGGAAUGAAAAUGGCACAACCAGUUGAUUGGCGAUACUUCGAAAGCAGACAUGAGGUAAGAUAGGUUUUUUUGGGGCAGUUCUUGAUACUGUGGAAGUCUCUUUUUAGUUAGCUUUCACGUUGUGUGGUGACUGUUAUUUGGUGUCUUGACAUUUGCAUCUAACCGUUAUUUUCAAGAAACGGAGAGACAUCCAAACGAUGCAUGUUGACUUCAGUGGUGUCUCCUGUCGCAGGAUGGUCCAUGUUUUUUUUGUGUCGUGUCCUAUGCUCCUUACUGUAUUUUCCAUUGUGACCUUACGAAAGCAUGCGCUCACGUUUGCUUUAACAAUUACUUUCUCGCCCUUAUUUCACUCUGAGUGUACUUUUGCCGUCUUUAUACGCCUUUGUUUUGGUCUCCGUAGAGGUGUGGUGGCCGAGCGGUUAGCACCCUAAACGUCGGACCUGUAGGUCCCGAUCCACUGUCUUCCUUCACGUAGGAUGGACAAGCACCCAAUCCAGGGGGGUAGCAGUAGUAAUACUCCUUACCUAGGUGCUUCUUGCUACUGAAACCAAGAUAUGUACAUGUGGGUCUCCUCAGCUCUUCCUUUUGGCUUGUGUUGGCCUUUAUCUUAUACCUCUUUCGGUUGCUAGUUCAUUCAUUUUCGUUUGUCUGUUUGCCGAUUUUAGGUAGAAGGUUCAUUUCGUGGGUGGCAACAGAAAUUUCCAAACAUACAGCUUGUCAUGGUUAUUGUUCCAAUGAAGAACAAUAAAGAAAUUUAUGCUGAAGUCAAACGAGUGGGUGACAACGUGCUUGGGAUUCCUACCCAAUGUGUCAAGAUCAAACAGGUUGAAGAUGCGAAACCGCAAGUCUGUGCCAACCUGUCGAUGAAGAUUAAUGCAAAACUAGGAGGAGUGAACCAUGUUAUUCAUCCUUCAGUCCAGUUCAAUUACGUUAUCAUAUUUGGCGCUGAUGUUACUCACCCCUCUCCUACUGAAAAAGAAAUUCCAUCAAUCGCUGCUGUAGUGGCAAGUAUGGAUGUCAAUGCUGCGAAAUACCAUGCGCGAGUUCUUGCACAGAAACACGAGAGGUCUGGAGGUGCACAGGAGAUUAUCGAUGAUCUGGCCGUCAUGGUGAAAAAGUUGCUUUUUGAUUUCUACAAAGAAACAAAAGGAAGGAAGCCUAAGCGUAUCAUAUUCUACAGAGACGGAGUAAGCGAAGGUCAGUUUGAUCAAGUGCUCGUUCAUGAAGUGCGCGCUGUGCAAGAAGCUUGCGAAAUGCUUGAAAAAGAGUAUCACCCACAAAUUACAUUCAUUGUGGUUCAGAAAAGACACCACACGAGGUUGUUUUGUGAAGACAUGCGAGAUGCAUCCGGGAAAGAUCAAAAUGUCCCACCAGGCACCACUGUGGAUAGAGGGAUCACCCAUCCCUAUGAGUUUGAUUUCUAUUUGUGCAGCCAUUACGGAAUUAAGGUAGGCUGUCAACUUAUCUUAAAGAUCACAUUUUGAAUAGACCUUUUUCAUUUGUCUUUUUUGUUUUCACAAUGUGUUUUCUUGGUAGAAAUAGAAAGUCGGCUUGUCAGGGUGAAUAUAUCAAAUUUCGAAAGAGAAUUUUCCCUUGAUUCCUAGCAAACGGUCUACAGACCUUUCCCACACUCCACUCCGGUGGCGAGGCACACAUGAUGUAACGAGGUCAAGGCUUGGGUGGGCAAUAUCAUGCAAACUUGUACCGUAUUUUGCUCUGCGUUGGUACCUUUUUCCAUGCGAAUGCGGGAAAGAGUUCAAUUAUCGACUAGAAAACCUCUUUGAAACAAAAUAAAUUGCUUUUUUGUCUAUUUAUAUGAAUGCAAAGAAAUAUAAUCAUCGAAACGAAAAUUAAUGUGAAAACUGAGCUUUUAACCUUCUCACCAGCUUUCAGUCUGUUUUUCGAUAUAUUAGGUACCUUAACUCUAUAUCAUAGUUAAGCUUUGUGGUUUAAACUUCAUAGAUUAAUUAAUUAACUAUAGCAAACUUCUAUAUAUAUAUAUAUAUAUAUAUAUAUAUAUAUAUUCUUGUAUUCUGGGUAGAACGUAUUUCGUAGAGCGUUCAAUUCAUUUGAAACAGCACUGUCGCAAUAAACGAUCAAUGAUUACUCCUGAAGCCUGAACCCCUGUGAUUAUACAUAUAUAUAUAUAUAUAUAGUUUGUACAAAGGAGAAUGGACUACAUAUGUUGAUUUGAAUCCUUUAUUGACCCAUAUAUAUAUAUAUAUAUAUAUAUAUAUAUAUAUAUUUAAACUUCAUAGAUUAAUUAAUUAACUACAGCAGUUUUCUAUAUAUAUAUAUAUAUGUAUAUAUAUAUCUAUAUAUAUAUAUAUAGAAAAUUGCUGUAGUUAAUUAAUUAAUCUAUGAAGUUUAAACCACAAAGCUUAACUAUGAUAUAGAGUUAAGGUACCUAAUAUAUCGAAAAACAGACUGAAAGCUGGUAUAUAUAUACACCCGUUUUCAAAAAGGUUUUCAUAUAGAGAGAUAUAUUGAUAGAUAUAUACUUUUGUUUUCUUGCACGUGCGCCAGUGUGCAAUAAAAUAAAACUCGGUUGAACGAUAAAUUUUUUCUUCGUCGGGUUCUUUGUUCCAAUUUCAAAGGAACAUGUCGUUUGAGUUUUUUUUAGAAAAAAGCUUCCGCCCUGCAAUACAAUUUUGCAAUGGCGAAUUAUAUGACUGAUUUUGGGAAUGAGGAAAACAGCCCGCGAAGAAGCCGAGUUAUGCGGUGUCACCAAAUUGAUAGGCCAAAUGUCAUGGGAUCUGAAGAAGGUGGCGAAGCAUUUUUAUUGACGGGGUGUAUUAAAAAAUACGCUGUCCAGGGGCGUGCUUAAGAGAAACUGUUAAACUAACCUGAAAACAUUUGUGGCCGAGAAUUUAUUCUGUCUUCAGUGCGACGUUGCCUUACAGGCCGUGAUUUUACACGAAAAAAGGUGAGACAUUAAUAUGUAUGAUCCGCUCAUCAUGGUUAUGAUAAAAUCUACUUCUAUAAACCUAGUCAACGUCUUGGUCCGUUUUAAUCAACUGCUAUGAUAUUUUUGCUCCUUCCCACAUAUCUAAUAUCGACAUCAACCGUCACAUCUUCCUUCUCAGGAAAAAAAAUCAGCGGUUUCGAAAACACUUCUUUUUUUUCAUUUCAUCUGCGUUGCUGUGAAAACGAAAAUCUUUGAUGAUUUUCUCCUUAUCCUGAAACUACAACAAAUAUAUGACCUACAACUAACCGAAUUCUGCAUUCUUUUAUUUUCAAAAGAAUGCAAAUCAAGAGAAUUGCAGACAAUAUUCGUGCAUUCUCUUUUUUAUUGACAAAAAUUGGAAAAAAGAACCUCACGAAGAGAGAAUUUAUCGCUGAACCAAGUUUUUUCACAAGUUGGACAAUAAGAAGUGAAAAAUGCGCACGGGCGCACGUGCAAGAAAACAAAACUAUAUAUCUAUCUAUAUAUCUCUCAAUAUGAAAACCUUUUUGAAAACGGGUGUAUAUAUAUAUAUAUAUAUAUAUAUAUAUAUAUAUAUAUAUAUAUAUACAAACAGAAAACACCCCUUUGUAAGUUGUCAGUUGGUGGUACUGUUUGUUGGUUUGUCUUUUCAUUUUUUACCAAAUAAUAGUUUUCUGUGAUUUUCAGUGUGGGAUUUUCUUUUUCCUUGUCUUCUUCCUUGUGUCGUUUCAGGGGACAAGCCGACCAACACACUAUCACGUUUUAUACGACGAAAACGGUUUUAAGGCUGAUGGACUUCAAAAGCUCACAUAUCAACUGUGCCACGUUUACGCCCGAUGCCCGCGGAGUGUUUCCAUGCCAGCCCCCGUAUUUUAUGCUCAUUUGGUAGCCUUCCGUGCCAGAUACCACGUGACUUAUGGGAGGUGAGAGGCGUAAUAAUAACAACAAGAGGAAAUAGUAAUAGCAUUUUAGCUGCCUAUUUGCACCCUACCUUACAUCAGAUGAACCAGUAAUUCUUGAAGCUGACACUUGAUAUAUUUUAAGAACUCUCGUCUUAAACGAUUACUGAACACUUUUCUGUUGACUGUUCUCUACCUAGGGACGGUGAAGCUAUUGAUUUGGAGAGGUCAGCCAAAGCCAUAGAAGUUAGUGACAAAAUGAAGCAGGAGAUGUACUUCAUUUGA